UUGCUGUAACAGGGUUAAAAUCAUGUGUGUUGUUGUUAAUAGAUUCUGUUUUUCUUUCUAUUGCAGAGCAACCAAGAGUAAAUGCUUUUGUAGAAGAAGAGCAAGCUCUGCAUGCAUUGAACCUAUAGGAUGACUGAUAAGACUGUUUUGUAGACUAGCUCUCCCUUCUGUACAUAACCCGCGGAUUUUCACUCCGUGUCCUCUCUCUGUGGUGUGAACUGCUUAGUUAACAUUGUUUGUGUUGUGGUUUAUGGUCUUCCUGCCUUUCAGUGACUUCUGAUUACACGUGUUACACUACCUGGCAAUUUCUGUGUUGAAGUAUGGUGGUGAUUAUACAUUUGUGCCUAGUGCAUUUGUAAUUAACGUGGAACCAAAUUAUAGAUGGAAGAAUUUCUAGAAUCCCUAUUUGGUUCUCGUCUUCCCAAGUCAUAACUUGAGAGUCAGCUAUAUAGCUAUGGCGGAAACCUAGCCAAAAAGUAGACAGUUUGGUGUAAAUUCUAUUACAUUCUCGACUCAGAGCGACAAACAAUGAGAAAGUUUCUAUUUCUCAAGUUGUCUGCAGUAUUACUUUGGUCUAGGGUACAGAAAAUAUAUAUAAAAUAUGUAGAAAUGGAUAUUUGUUGAAUUUUGUCUCCUGUUUGGUUUGUAUUUGUGAUUCUUUAGCUGUAAAAAUGAACACACCUGAACCUACUAUUCAGAAUAUUUUGGACUCAAAUACUUUGCGUUGGAUCUUUGUCGGAGGUAAAGGUGGAGUUGGAAAAACGACAUGCAGUUGCAGCAUUGCUGUUCAAAUGGCCAAAGUGCGUGAGCGUGUUCUCAUUUUAAGCACGGAUCCUGCUCAUAACCUUUCGGAUGCGUUUGACCAAAAGUUUUCGAAAAAUCCUACUAAAGUUAGGGGUUUUAAUAAUCUUUUUGCUAUGGAAAUUGAUCCAAAUGUGAACUUAGGAGAGUUCGAAGAGGAUCUGGUUGGUUCUGAAGAAGCAGCAGUUUCCGCUGAUAUACGUAAAACCAUCGGUCACUUGAUGACUUCUUUCCCUGGAGUGGAUGAGUAUAUGUCUUAUACAGAGGUGUUUCGGUUGGUCCGCAAUAUGGAUUAUUCAGUCGUCAUUUUUGAUACUGCUCCUACUGGCCACACACUACGAUUGUUAGCGUUUCCAGAGGCUAUGGAGAAAAGUCUUAGCAAAGUAGUCUCAAUGAAAAAUCAGUUCGCUCCAAUUUUAAACCAAUUAAUGGGUUUAGUCGGAAUGAACAGUACACAAGGUGGUGAUUUAACAAAUGCAAUAGAAACACGUUUACCUAUCGUUAAAGAAAUAACAAAGCAGUUCAAAGAUUCCACUCAGACUACAUUUGUAUGUGUUUGCAUACCCGAAUUCUUAAGCAUGUACGAAACGGAACGCUUAGUUCAAGAACUCACUGCACACGAUAUUGAUGUCCACAAUGUCAUUGUAAAUCAACUGUUGUUUCCAAAUUUAUUAUCAUCAUGUGAUGUCUCAUCUAAGGAUCAUUCGAAUGAACCUCCAUCUAAUUGUCGAAUGUGCUUAGCACGUCAUCGAAUACAAUCGAAAUAUCUGGAACAAAUUUUAGAACUAUAUGAAGACAUGCAUGUCAUACAAUUACCUCAAUUAGAAAAUGAGGUAAGAGGAAUCAAGUCUGUUCAAGAAUUCUCCGAACUUCUUUUAAACCCUUACCGUAGGAAAUAA